AUGAUGCUCAUCAAGUUGAAAGGAAAAUAUUUGAUGAUUGCACAGGUGUAUGUUGAUGAUAUUGUGUUCUAUUCGACUGCAGAAUCCCUGAAGAAUGAAUUUGUAAAAUUCAUGGAAGCUGAAUUCGAAAUGAGCAUGAUAGGUCAGCUUAAUUACUUUCUGGGAUUGCAUGUUAAACAACUUGCUAAUGGUGUUUUUCUGAGUCAGAAAAAGUAUGCUCAGAACAUGGUUGAGAAGUUUGGACUUCGAGAUUCAAAAAGAGUUAGAACUCCUUUAGGACAACAAGAUAAAUUGUCGAAGAUGAUGAUGGAAAGACAUGUUGGUGUAUGUGCAAGAUUCCAAUCCACACCUAAGGAAUCACAUCUGAAGGCUGCAAAGAGAAUUCUCAGAUAUGUCAAAGGAACUGCAGAACUUGGAUUAUGGUAUUUGAACAGGUCAGGUCUUGAUCUUAUUGGGUUCACAUAUUCAGAUUGGGCUGACUGUUGUGAUGAUAGGAAGAGCACAACAAGUGGAUGUUUUUAUAUUGGAGAUAAUAUUGUGAAUUGGUGUUCGAAGAAGCAAAAUUCUAUUUCUUUGUCCACUGCCGAGGCUGAAUACAUAGCUGCUGGAAGUUGUUGUGCUCAAUUGCUGUGGAUUCGACAAAUGCUGCAUGAUUAUGGGAUUGGUCAAGAUUCGCUCACUCUGUUUUGUGACAAUACAAGCGCCAUCAAUAUCUCCAAGAACCCGUUCAACAUGGAAGAACAAAGCACAUCGACAUACGAUACCAUUUUAUUCGAGACUUGGUGGAAAAUAGAGUGUGUGAUUUGA